UCUAAUUCACCAUAAACCUACGCAUAAAUAUUAUAAAUCUAUUAUUAAAUAUAUAACUCAUAUGUUUAUAUACUUAAUCUAAGCUAAAAAUUUCCCCCACCCAGCUCUCUCCCGGCUAUUCCACCUGGCGAUUUUUCGUUAGACUACAAAUUCGCACCCGAACCCUUUCUUAUCUUUCCCUAUUCUUCUUCUCCUAUAUAUAUUUCUCUGCAGGAAUCAGUAUCCUUUUCAUUUUAAACUCAAAGCUUGAAUCCUCUGUUUUUGCUCUGCCCCCAUACCCUCUUGCUGGGGGGGCUUUUGCUGUUUUGUUUUUUUGCCCUUCACUUCUCAUAGUUUAGUAUCAUAUAACUUGUUAUAAUGGCAAUUAUAGUUUGCCAAGGUUUGCAGUCUUGUCUUGAGUCUCAGGUUGUAGAGCAAAGGACAAUGAGGCUCAGAUUGUCUUCACCGAAACCCCAAUUCUCUCAACCCCUCGAAUUAGCCUUAAAACCUUGUUCAUUUGACUCCACCACUGAGGAACUUAGCGACAGACGCCAAGAUGAAGAUAAGCAUAUAUCUUCAAUCCCAAAUCCUGAUAUGGGUGGGUGGAGCUUCCUCCAGGCUCUUUCCAACACCUCUCAGGGUCCCGAAGAAUCAAUGGAGAAAGAGAACACAUAUGUACAUCCUCUAAUUAAGCGUUACCCCUCAACGCUUAGUGAGAAGAGCCUGGAAUUAUGUACUGAGAACUUAGGUAACGAAAAUGGUACUGAUACUGUUGAGAAGAGCAUUUUCUCAUUGUGUUCAGUGGAGCCAGAAGCAGGAAAUUCUCCAACAAGGGAGCAACAGAAACCUCGUCAACUUUUGGGAGCUGGGAAAGCGAAUUCUCGAAGUUUUCCACCUCCCUUGACAACGAUGAUUGGAUCAGAAUGCCUUCGAGUUAGGCCCCACCGCGAAGAUGGGAGGUUGAUUAUCAAGGCCGUCAAGGUUCUAUCAACACACGCUCAUUUCCAAACUGAAAGAAGCCAUGGCCGCCUUCGACUAUAUAUUGUCAAAGAUUCUGCUUCAAAUUUUGACUCUACAAGUGAAGCCAAGAAUGAAAAAGAAGAGAUUGAAAAUGACGUAAAUCAUGACGAAGAGGAAGACAUGGGAGAAGAGGAAGAAGACGAAGAAGAGGAGAAGGUGGAGGAGGAGAAUGAUUAUGAAGAACAAGUAGGGAAAGUAAAUGUUGCAGCCAGCCGAGAAGAGGAAGAAAAUGUUGGGUACAUUGAAAAAGAAGCAGAAGAAAAUCAUUUGAAUGUUGAAGCUGAAAUGGGAAUGGAAAAUUUUCAAAGAUCAAGAAGGUGCAAAGAUGGUGAACUAGAGGAGAAAUUAUCAGGUAGUUAUUAUCGUUAUUUGAAGAUGCUUUCUCUUCCCCUGGCCAUUCUCUCUCUCUCUCCACAAUCACAGAAAACAAGUUUCCGUACAAGAAUUAUAAUAUUACUCUGUGGGUUAGGUGAAUAAAAAGACCUUCAACUU